AUGCCACCAAUUCGCUCUCAAACCUCAAAAAAUUCAGCUGAACAAGAGGGUAGGAUCUUAUUAGCUAUCCAGGCUAUCAAAAAACAAGAAAUAGCCACAAUUGCCCUCGCUGCUCGUACGUUUAACAUCCUUUUAUUUGAUGAUCAUGGAGUAGCGCUUCGGUCUAUUACUGUACGAGAAAUUGCGAAUAUUCUAUUUGUAGUGUGUGAAACUAUACCAGUUUAA